CUCAUUCUGCUGCGGGGUAGCCUAUACUGUUUGCCAACUACGAUGGAAAGGCGGGAGUUGCACGACUGCCAACCCUGGCACCAUGCAAAGGAGCGUGUUCCCAAAAUCAUGUAUGCUAGCGCAAUAGUAUUAGCGGUACUUGUCAAUGGAGUGCAUAUUUAACUGAUCCUCUAACUUUUCCUUUCCUGAGCCCGCAACCAGCACUGGCUUUGCCGCUCUGUCGCGCCUACCCUGUAUUGAUUGUAGACAUCCUAAGAUAAUUUGACGUUGCUCGACUUCUGCUAGCGCGUACACAUUGCGUUCACCCGCGGCCUCUUGCCGCGCCCUCCUAGCUGCCAUCUGCCCACAUCCCCUCCAACUGAGUGCACGGCUGCCUGCAGCAACUCGGACUCCAACUUCUCCACCUUUUGGGACACAAAGAGAUGUCGGCAGACGAGCGGGAUGGACCUUCACUUUCGUCGGAGGCCCGAGAAGCCUCGGUGAACGGCGUCGAUGCCGACGACGCGGGGCGAGCCCCGAGCAACACCGCCGCCGCUGUUGUCCUUGACAAACUAGCGUCGUUGGACAUGGCCAGAAAGGCCGAACGUGACCGCCGGCGCGAGGAGUCGCGUGCUGCCGCGGACCCGCGUGAAUCCGUUGCCCAAUUCUUGAAUGGCUUCACAGCACGACAGCGCAGCGUUGAGGAUGCUCUACAACGCAUGCUGCUCCAACACACAGGAUCAUCACCUCAAACAGCAUCGGCACCGGCAGCUCAUCAACAAUUACAAGCACAGGGGCGGGGCGACACCGCGGACACCGCCGCAGCAGCAGCACCCGCCCCGCUGGAAGUCUCCACUGCCACUCCAGAAGCAAUCCAGGCCUCCCUGGAGCUCCUAACUGCAGAGGUCCUCUCCAUGGAACAAUCCGCAGCCGCCGCGUCGUACUACCUUCCGUCGUACGACCAAAAGCAAUGCGCCGCUGCCGUGGCGGCACUUCGAUCCGCAAUUGAAGGCGCGCGGACCUCCCUCGCGCCCCGGCGACGGUUCGCCUUCGGAAGCAAGAAAGUAAACAAGGUGCGCGGAGAGGAGAUCAGUGCGGCAGCAGCGACGGCCGGCAGCGUCGGAGGCGUCUCCGAGCAACCGCCAGUGACGGCGCCACCAGCAGUAGCAGCAGCAGCAGGCGAAUGCGCGCCAGCAGCCGCUCCUCAGCUACAGCCCGCGACCGCCUCCGCCGGCGUUUCAAACGGCACACCUAGCGUCGCCGCCGGCACAGAUACUCACGAAGCCAACGACUCCCCAGAUCCCAACACGACUCCCGCAGUGAUCUCGGUUUCAGAGCAGGACCAAGCCCUGGUUUCCCGCGGCCGCGGUCUCAUGGGCCUUACAGACGCGCAUAUCGUCCUCCGCGCCGAUCAGGUUUCGGAGCCAGGAGCUGUAGGCAGCGGCGGCGGCAGCUUUGUGUUGCUGGGCCUUACGCGGUGUCGUGUGGUGCUGCUGGGACGCUUGCAGGCACUGCGGGCGGUUGGGCUGCGGGGGUGUAGCGUGGUGGCGGGUCCGGUGACUGGCAGUGUGUUCCUGGAUGACGUGCGGGGGUGCAGCCUGGCGCUAGCAGCCUACCAGGUCCGGGUCCACCGCACGCACGCCACCGACCUCUUCCUCCGCGUGCGCAGCAAGCCCAUCAUUGAGCACACCUCCGCAGUGCGAGUGGCGCCCUGGGCUGCGGCGGUGGGCCCGGAGCCGCGCCUGCAGGCGCUGCUGGGGCAGCAUCUGCUGGCGGAGGACACGGGGAGCUGGCAGCAGGUGGAGGACUUCAACUGGAUCAAGGCGGACCAGUCGCCCAACUGGCGCGUCAUGCAGCCGCAGGAGCUGCCCGCGCAGCCGCUGGAGGUGCCGCCGGAGGUGUGGGAGCCGCAGCAGCAGCAACCGCAGCAGCAGCAGCGGGAGGCAGCAGCAGAGGGAGGAGCGGAGGCAGACGGUGUGGCGCGGAAUGGGGCUGGAGAGGCUGCCGGUGCUGCGGAGGAGGUUGCUGGGUUAGAGGAUGAUGAGAUCUAGGGGCGUUGACUGGGGCUCGCUUUGACUGGGGCUCUGGCGUUGACUGGGGGUGUGUGCUUGCGUUGGGUGGUGUUGGUGUGGGAUGGAAUCAUGGAAACCGUGGAAUGCCAACCGCCAAGUGCCUUGAGGGCUGCUGCCGAGAUGAGGCCGACUUGAGGGCUAUAGCUUACAGGCAAGCCAUGCAUGUUGCCAUGCGCCUCUUGUCUCGUUGUCUUGCGAAUGGCUCAGGAGUGAGUGCACACGCGGCGUGCAGCGCGGUUGCCGGUUUGCAGUGACUGGCCUGCCGCGGAGUCUGCACAGCGUGGAUUGGUUUCCUCGGACCAUGGAUGCUGGUUUGUGACAAAGGGAAGAUGACUGUGAUGCUGUGCGAGCGUGCGGCUCCUGAAUGCAUGACUCUUACAGUGAUCCCAAACCAGGAGGCAAGGGAAAGCGGACGAUACCCAGCCCUACACUGCAAGGGAAACGGGCUGAGCCCCGAGUCAGAGGGGACCAGGCCGAGUUGAGCUGACAUCACAGCUGCUCUAGCAUUCAGCCGUGGGUUGUGAGUGCUACCGGUGCGUGUGCGGGUGCGCAGUUCAGCAUGCGGCGGCAGGGUGCGAGCAAUGCUUUUUAUGCCAAUAGACCCUCGAGUAAGCGUCCUGUUCAAGGACAGGAACACAACGCGUUGAUGAGCGGCUACAACACAUUGACGAAUGCAGCUACCCGUGUUGUAUUUGGGCUCAAGAUGGCUCAGGUGACAGCACAGCCGCGUACAGCAAGAAUGUACUACCGUAUAUGCAAUCCAGGACACACUUG